CGGUUGACUACUGAAAAAUGGUGUACGGUUCAAGUGCUUAUCCUGGAUGUUGGGUAAUUGGCCCCUUUGUCCAGUGGGUGGCAGCGAACAGGAUCUGUCUGUCGCUAGAUGAUCACAUGAGCCGCAGACUCCAUAUUCAACUACCUGGGUUCAUUGUGUGUGUGUGUGUGUGAGAGUGAGAGUGAGAGAGAGAGAGAGAGAGAGAGAGAGAGAGAGACUGUGCCAGUGUGUACGGCUGUGUGUGUGCCAGUGUGUACGGCUGUGUGUGUGUGUUUUGGGGUGUGGUGAGGUAUGUAUGGUGUUUUGCAGAUGUCACUGCAAAUCUGCAGUCAGGAUUGACAACCUGCUGGUUCCAUCUCUGUGGUAAGACUAACUCUGGAGUGAAGACAUGGCUCUGCUGUUGGAGCACCAGUUCAGACAGCUGCCACCUGACAGACACGUGGAAACAAGACCGUUUUUGGAGGCCGUGUCAUACCUUCCACCCUUCUUUGACUGCCUUGGCCCGACUAUUUUUGCACCAAUCAAAGCUGACAUAUCUGGCAAUAUCACAAAAAUCAAGGCUGUUUUUGAUAGCAACCCAGGCAGAUUUAAGACACUCCAGCACAUUUUGGAGGCAGAGAAGGAAAUGCACAGAUCAGUGUGGCCUAAAGUUGGUGCGACCUUGGCGCUCAUGUGGCUGAAAAGGAGUCUACGGUUUAUCCAAGUCUUUCUUCAGAGUCUGGUGGAUGGCGAUAAAGAUGACACCAACCCAAACCUCAUUCGCAUCAAUGCCAACAAAGCCUAUGAUGUUGCCCUGAAGAGGUAUCAUGGAUGGCUGGUCCAGCAGCUCUUCAAGGCGGCUCUGUUCGCUGCUCCGUACAAGUCGGAUUUCCUGAGAUCUCUCUCUAAGGGUCGGGAUGUCAAGGAAGAGGAGUGUUUGGAGAAAAUUAAAAAAUUUCUUGUCAACUUCUCUGUUACUAUUGAUGUUAUCUAUGACAUGUUCAGUAAGAUGAAUGCAGAACUUGACUGCAAAAUGUGAUCGUAACAGGUUUCAUUGAUCCACCAUGAAAUCAUUUGCAUUCAGUAUUGAGUUGGAUUUGUGUGCCUUUGCUGGUUUUGUCAGUACGAUUUUUGCUCAGUGUUAAAUUCGAGCCACGUGUUCCAAAACAGCUGCAGGAUUAAAACUUAUUUCUUCUCUUUCUUCUUAUUAUUAAGAACGAUGAAUCUUUGUAGAAAUUAUGUGUUUAAUGCAG